AAUUCCAUAUACUUCCAACCCUCAAAAUGUGCAAACUUUUUGUAGCCGUCGCCUUUUGCGCUCUCGUCUAUGCUAAUCAAAUGCCACCAGCUGAUGAGAUGAAGACCAAGCUAGUUGCCGCUGGAGUCUCCGAUGCUGCUGCCGCCGGACUCGUCGACAUCGGAGAGAAGUACAGGAGCCAAGUGCAAGCUCUCAUCAAGGGAGAUGAUGAAGCUGGAUGGAAACUUUUCAAUACUAUCAAGGCAGAGUCUGACGCCUACAUUGCUACCCAGCCCGAAACUGACCAAACCGCUUACAAUGCAUUUGUUGAAAAGACCAAGGCUAACUUCCAAGCAUAUGAGGAGACUUCCGUCGCUGAGAGCGCUUAAAUAACAAUUAUUUUGUAUUGAAUUAAGAUUUCCUUUGAAAAUAAAAGUUUCAUUUAGUA